ACCCAAAGAUGAUUACCAUGGAAAUGGCCAUUGACGUACGAAUUAAGGUCGGAGGUCACCCUGACAAAGAACUAGACCUGUUGGCUGAGACUAAGAGUUCCCCACUAUCUGAGAGGUGGCUUCAUUGUAUUGUUGUCGUUGCUUGUAAGCACUGCCAACUGACUGACCCCUCCUUAAAAAGACCACGCCCAAAUCUGGAGCAAAUCUGUGAAGUUGUUGUGUCGCUGAUUGAGGGGGGAACCCCUGACAGAUUACUACCGGACCACCCCCUCCUGAUUUCCUCACUGGCAGCUGUACUCCGGUGUCAGCCUGGGCUUAUGUCGUCAAGGGUGAGUGCAAUCAUGGCGUCUUUAGAACGUGUUGCAGAGUGUCCAGUGGACCUAGGUACUGUACUGGAGUCGAGAUCACCUGAUCUUCAGAAACAACUAAAUGUGUUCAAUGCUCUUCUUGACUGUAUAUAUUUGACGGCUCUCUCGGUUCCUCCUGAAGAAUCAGCUGCUGAGUGUGAGGAUGUUGAACCAACAGUCCCAAACAUUCGUAAAGCAUGGACAAGACUUCACUCUUCCCUCACUUUACUGUUUAGAUUAUCCCUCGCACGAUCUCCACGACUCAAUCCACUAGACUAUCUCACGAGAAGGGACCAAGCAUCUCAUAGCAGCAGUAAAAGCGACCAGGUGCUCAGGAUGGUGUACGAGAAAGUUACCAUGGUGACGAGGGUGGUUCUGUGCAUGGUGGAUCGAGAGGAGCUGUCUCAAAUUUUGGAAGAACUUUCUGAAAUGGAUUGCAGUGACCCAGUGUCUGUGUGUGUCUUCUGUGCGAGCUGGAAGCUCAUCUUGGACUCUAAACUAAAGCAGUCUAGCAGAGAAGGACUCAGGAAGCACUUCAGCAAGGUUGUGGUACUGUGCCGGUCUGCUGCACACGCUCUCUUAGCCUCGGCACCGCUAGCAACUGGUCUGGUACAGCUGGUGGCUGUUCUAGUCUCUCUCCCCACUCAGGUUGGUCUUGAUAGUCAAUCAGUAAUGGCUGCUCUUCAGAUGUGCUCACUACUUGACGUAAACUCUUUGAAUAUUCAGAGAGUAGAGCUUCUUGGAGCCAUUGCUGAGAUGGUGAUGUCUGUGUGUAGGUAACACUCAAACACAAUCACCCGCUCCCCUGCCCCUGUCAUUACAGCCUUAAUUAAGCUGAUACACAAGGUGGUUGCCUCAGGGCAGGAUCUGAAGGAGCAACAGGUGGCAACCAAGUACACUCUCACCAGUACCAAGGAGCUAGUGCAAUGUGCCAGUUUCGUAUCCAGAUCAAUGGAGCUUAUUUCUCAGCAAGUGGUGUUUUGUAAGUUUGUGAUGUACAUCCUUCAUGAAUACAUUGUGACAGCACACACAAGACCCCUCCACACUCAAGAUGCCAUGCUACCCGGAGUGUUCAGCUUGAUGAAGCUGGCCUCACAAGGAGAUAUUGCCUUCCUCAAGUCUCCAAUGGACUCAGUGACUAGAGAUAGCUGUCAGACUUUGUUAGAUCAGUAUAAACAAUAUUACAAGUUUGGUGGAAAAAUAUAAACAAUAAUAAUUAAAAUUUUGUUAUUUUUAUAAUUGAAAUUGGAGAUAACAAUUUUUUCACGUAU